AUGAACAGAAUCCUCGUCUUCACGGUCGCCUUCUCGUGGCUGACCUCUGCUCAAUUUCCUCCAAUCCCCGAUGGGCUGACAGUCAUACACUCGCAAUUCAACGACAAUGUCACGAUCAGCUACAAAGAGGCAAGUCAAGCCCGGCCACAUUUUUUUCAGCAUGCUUACGGGCCCUCGCAGACGUUCAUCUGCGAAACCACACCCGGCGUCCGAUCUUUCGCUGGCUAUGUCCACUUGCCUCCGUACGUAUUGGCCGAGCAUGGCGUAGCAAACCAGUCAUGGCCCAUCAACACAUUCUUCUGGUUCUUCGAAGCACGUCGAAGGGACCCUCAGAACGCUCCGCUGCUCAUCUGGAUCAACGGUGGCCCAGGCGCGUCAUCAUCAGGCAAUGCUUUCGGCAAUGUUGGGCCCUGCAAAGUCCACUCUGAUACCAAUUCCACCUAUCUGAAUGAGUGGUCUUGGAACAACGAGGCGAAUCUAAUGUUCAUCGACCAGCCUGUUCAAGUUGGGUUGUCUUACGAUACGCUUCAGAACAUCACGUACAACCGGAUCAAUGGCAAUGUGACCCUCUUGAAUGAUGGCGAUCCCAUACCCGAACAGAACAAUACUCUUGCAGUUGGGACAUGGCCGAGCACUGAUACUUACAAGACAUCUUUUGGCUCCAUCGACGCCGCAUACGCACUAUGGCAUUUCGCCCAAGCCUGGUUCCAAGAAUUUCCAGAACAUGAGGCGAGCAGCGUCAGCCUGUCUGGAGUCUCGUAUGGCGGCAAGUACGGCCCAGCGAUCUUCAAUUUCUUCGAAGAACAAAACCAGAAAAUCAGAAACGGCACAUGGAAGAUCCCUGGCGAGCAAUACGUCCUUCCUUUGGACACUUUGAUCAUCGACAGCGGCUGCAUCGACUUACCCGGAUCCUGGUUCUCGUACCCCGAAAUGGCCGUGAACAACACCUACGGCAUUCGCGCCGUCAACGACACCAUCCUCGAGCAAAUGCUCCACGAUCUGAACCGUGAAGGCGGAUGUCUCGAUCAGGCGUACCAAUGCGGAAACCUAUCGCUCGAAUUCGACCCUUUCAACCUACGCCUCAACGAAUCCGUCAAUCGGGUCUGCAACGACGCCGGCCGUUUCUGCGAUCGCAAAGUCCAAGGUCCAUAUGGUAAUUCCGAACGCAGUUUCUACGAUAUCACGGUGCCCGAGUCCCUGUCACGAGCACCGCCAUUCACGAGGGCGUACCUGCUACGACCUCAUGUCCAGCAAGCUCUCGGAAUGCGAGUUAACUGGACAUCAGGCUCAGCCUGGGUCGGAGAGGCGAAUCAACGAGUCGGCGACUUCGCCCGUCCAGGCUGGAUCCACAAACUCGAAUACCGGUUAGAGAAAGGCAUCAAAGUCGCAUUUGUGUAUGGCGAUAAAGAUUACAUUUGCAACUGGCUCGGCGGUGAAGCCGUCUCCCUCGCAAUUAACUCCACCUCCACCACCCCUUUCCCCUCCUCCGGCUACGAAGACAUCCACACCAACGCCUCCUACAUCGGCGGCACCGUUCGUCAAUACGGCCCCCUCUCCUUCUCCCGCGUCUACCAGGCCGGGCACGGCAUCGCAGGCUUACAACCCGAAACCGCCUUCCGCAUUAUCGAGCGAGCAAUGGCGGGCGUGGAUAUUGCUACCGGGACGCAUCCUAUCCUCCCCGACAACGCAGACGUCUAUCAAUCCAAAGGUCUGAAGGAUACCUACAGCAUCAAGAAUGAAGUUCUACCGACGGAGGUCCUGCAAGUUUGUUACCUGCUCGAUGUCAACGCCACGUGUACGGAUGAGCAGAAAGAUGCGAUUGCGAACGGAACGGCGGUGAUCAGGGAGUAUAUGCUGGUGGACAAAAAUUCCACGGCGAGGUUUCCUCAGAUCGUGGGGAGUGAGAUCGAACUACCGUGA